UCUUCGAUCAGGACGUUUAAAAAGUUCGCGAUUUGUCUUUGCGCGAGUGUUUUUUUUUUCUUUUUCACUUUUUUUCUUUCGUGGCUUCUUAACUGCCAGUUGUAAUUGUGUUUUUACUUUUUAUGCAUAGUUGUAAGUGGCCAGUGUUUGUGACAUUAAGCGUGUAAUUAAUUUCCGAGAACAGGAAAAGCAGUGUUCUCUAAAUUAAAAUUACAAGACAAUUUGUGCAAAUUCAAAUAGUGCACAUUGACUGUUAGCAAGCCAACGUUAAGACUGAAAUAUCUAGUCAAUCAGCGCCAUCUAUAUCUAAGUUCCAGUACUUAAGACAACGCCAUCUAUUGUGAAGAAGAUAUACAAAUUGGACUGAACUGCGUUUACUAGUCGCCGAAUUAGCAAAUCAUUUUUAAAGUCUUAUAUUUCAAAAUCAUAUAAACAAGGAGAAUAAAGAAGAAUUUAAGGAAAUAACGACUAUGAAAAAGAAACUGGUAUCAUCUAAUGAAAGUCAUUGAAAAUCAGUAAAACUGGGGGUAAAAACAGAUAUCGUUGAGUUUCGGCCGGCCGGUGAUAAGAGUAUCUCAACCGUAUUGGUACUAAAAAUACAGUUCUCCAUGUGGUGGCAAAACCAUCUCCAGAAGAGACCCGAACCGUCAGCCAACACCAAGAGAUCCACAGUUGCCCAGUCAUCAUCCACCAGAACAUUCGGGCAACUGGUCAUAUAGCAGUCACUCAAAAGGAAGCACCAUCUCUUGGUAUACUAAGAAUACUCCAUUUAAUGUCUGCGCCAUCUGACGUUGAAACUGAGAACUAAAAUACAAGUUGCUUAUAAAGUCUACUUGACAAGACAACCGUGGGUUUCCACAUGAGAAGUCUGAGAAUUGGUCAUCAUAAAAAGGCAGCGACAUCUCUUGGUAAUCCCAACAAACCACUUGACAAGUGUCUCCAUCUAUCGAGUAGUUGACAAAGACACCAGUUAUUCCGGGCAACUUAGAAAACAACGCCACCUACAGAAGAGAUUUUAUAGAACAGGACUUCGCAAACAUUUUAGUGUCGCCAUCUGUCGGAUAAUUACAAACUAAAGUGACAAAAACAAGUGAUUUUGCAAACUGUUACGCUUCUGCGGCUUUUAGCCCUGUACCUUUUUAAACCCGUUAGCGAAGUGAACCAGUGUAAACAACAGCUGUAAUCACGGAGUUCUUCAAUAUGGUGGAGGAUACGGCGGCGGCGUCCGAGCGAGUCUCGGCGGCUGCCGUGCUGCAGUUCGCUGCGCGUGAGGCGCGCGAGGGCCGACGGCUUGCGGAGUUCGGGGCGCAUGCGUUCGCUAGCGUCUCAUAUAACACUUAUGCGGCCGUCGGCGACAUGGGUGGGAGCGGGACCAGCUCGUCCUCCUCGCACCUCUCGCCCGGCUGGCAGGUCAACGACCUCGACUUGGACUUACCCGGAGAACUGUCUAUGAAUGAAGCGCUACUGUCGCUACCGUCGCUGGCGGUAUUCAAGCAGGAGGCGCCAUCGCCGACUGGCGCCGUGCUGUCGCCGCCGCGCCGCGCCUGGCCGCGCCGCAUGCCCGACAGACAGAUGAGCGACAUGGUGGUGGACGGGCAGGAGGAGCAGCCCUCCCCCCCGCACGCCGCGCUGCUGCCGCCGCAUGCGAACAGCCCUGAGAGCAUGCAAUGUCAGCCCAACAUGCAGGGCGGUAUGAUGCCAAUGAGCGGUUACCAUUCACCACCCACACUCGACAAUAAAAAUGGCGGUCUUCUGAUGUGCUCGCCAGUGAGCUCGCUAGAUGGGUUCCUGCACUCGCCGGCUCAGCCUCGUCCCGAGCCCAGCUUUAAGGAUGACACCAGCGGGCUGGGUAUGGAAUAUUGCUGCGGGCGAGGCAGCCAAUGGGACGGGUGCUAUGACGUGACCCACACUUACAUAACCAAGUUCCAAUACGUGCUUGCGGCAGCGACAUCUAUCGCCACCAAACAGAACGAGGAGACACUCACUUACCUCAACCAGGGACAGCCUUACGAAAUCAAACUGAAGAAGUUGGGAGACCUGUCUCACUACAAAGGGAAGAUAUUGAAGAGCGUGAUCAAAAUCUGCUUCCACGAGCGCCGCCUGCAAUAUAUGGAGCGCGAACAGAUCGCGCAAUGGCACGCGGAGCGACCUGGCGAGCGCAUUGUCGAGUUGGAUGUGCCCCUGUCAUACGGAGUGACUCGCGCCCAGCAGCCUGCCUGCUUGAACUCGCUACACGUGUAUUGGGACCCUACCAAAGAUGUCGGAGUCUACAUCAAGGUGAACUGCAUCUCUACGGAGUUCACCGCCAAGAAACAUGGCGGCGAGAAAGGGGUGCCAUUCCGUAUCCAAGUGGAGACUUACCUCGCCAGCGAUGAGAACACUCGCUUGCACGCCGCUGCUUGUCAAAUCAAGGUGUUCAAACUGAAAGGCGCCGAUCGCAAGCACAAGCAAGACCGCGAGAAGGUGAUGCGUCGUCCGCGCUCAGAUCUCGAGAAGUACCAACCUGGCUGCGAAGCCACUGUGCUCACCACGCUGUCAAACGACGCGCUGAUGCCGCCCCCGUCUCUGGUGACCUCCUCACCCCCGUACUCGCCUGAGCUGUGUGUGGUCCCAAAGACUGCCACAAGCCCCAUAGGAAACAAACCUUUGCAACAACCUGCCAUACUUGCUUCUUCGAACCAGAUGAAGCCAUUAUACUGCCAAGAGGACUCUGAGAUGAAAGUGACCACAUCGCCGUGUCACUCCCCCGGCGCCAUCUUGCCUGAUCUGCCGCAACCCGCCGAAGAUCCCGACAAGAACCCGGGCCUGUCGGCCAGCGCGGGCGCGGGCGACACGGCGGCGUGGCUGGCGCGCCACCGCUUCGCGCAGCACGCCAGCACCUUCGCCAACUUCUCCGGCGCCGAUCUGCUCAGACUGUCCCGUGACGAUAUCAUCCAGAUCUGCGGUCUGGCUGACGGGAUUCGACUAUUCAACGCUCUCCAUGCCAAACGCAUCGAGCCGCGCCUCACCGUGUACGUGAGCGCGGGCGGCGGCGUGUACUCAGCCUUAUACCUGCACUCCUGCCGCGCGGCUGAACUGCUGCAGAAACUGCAGGCGCUGCAUCGCGCGCACGCGCAGGGACACAAGCAGGAAGUGGACACGGUGCUGGUGUCGGGUCCCAACGGCGCGCGCGUGCGCCUCACGGACGAGCUGGUGCGACAUCUGCCCGACAACUCCACCUACCGUCUGCAGCGUGUCGAAGACGCUCUACUGCUGACUAGUGAACAGUAGACAGCCGAGAGGAUACAGGGGCCGGGAGACUUCGGAACAUAUGUUAAUAUCGAGUCGUAAUCAAAGAGACGCACUUCCCGACCCCUGAAAAUAGGUAGUGUGCUAUACUCGACAAGUUCACCUACCGUCUGCAGUGUGUUGAGGAUGCUCUACUGCUGACUAGUGAACAGUAGACAGCCGAGAGGAUACAGGGGCCGGGAAACUUCGGAACAUAUGUUAAUAUCGAGUCGUAAUCAAAGAGACGCACUUCCCGACCCCUGAAAAUAGGUAGUGUGCUAUACUCGACAAGUUCACCUACCGUCUGCAGUGUGUUGACGAUGCUCUACUGCUGACUAGCGAUCAGUAGACAGCCGAGAGGACACAGGGGCCGGGAAACUUCGGAAAAUCAACUUGGUGAGACGCACUUGCCGGCCUCUGAAUAUAGUAUCUGUUUAGUGUGUUUGUGUUUAGUGGGACUGUCCGCAGAAAGUCAGAACUCUCUACUGCUGACCAGCUAAAAUUAACACAGCUACGCGGGACGGGAAACUGGCCACAAGGACCUAACCACAACAGAUAUGUGUGUAGAAGUAUCCAGAACCGUUAAUAUGUAUUAUCAUGAAUUCAUGAUCUAAUAACUGAUCAUAUUUUAAAGGAGCUGUGUGUUACCCCGACUCCUGAACUUAUUACCAAUAUAAUUGACAGCCAGUUAGCUAAGUUGAGCCCAUUGAAAACUGUUAGUCUUUGUACUGUACCCGAGUUUUGACCAAGCGCCUAUGUCGCUACAUCCUGGCAAAAAAUAGUAGAAAAUAUUAG